UCUGGUGAUUGCUCUUCUUGUGCAUGCCGAUAGUCAAACAUAAGGUUCACUGUUGCUUUAAACAGCCUUUUCAGUCAUCACUGUCUGCUGACUUGGUAGCUGCUAAUAAAGAGACGUGGUUUUGUGUCAUAUGAGAAUAGACGACAGCGCUAAAGCGCGUCUUUACACAAGGAGAAUCACACUGCCAGCGUCCUGUUGUUAAAUGAUUUGCAUACGGACUUCCGCCCCCUGAAUUUAGUUUCUGCAUCAACUACCAAAGGCAGUGGGCAGACGUGAGCCCUCAUGUCAGGCGUAGUCAUGCGGGCUUGACAUUUAAACUCGGUUAAUAUUUGGACAUGAACGGCGGACGCGUUUGUUUGGGGUCGUCCGCUUGGAUUUGGAUUAAACGGCACAUUGGGAUCUGACACUUUCAUUAUCAGAGGCGGUUCACUAUACUGGAUAUCUGCCGACUGUUUGUGGAUGUAUCGUGACUGUUUUCUUUUUCAUCCAGAGUAAAAUUUGGAUAUGGCACCCAAAAAAACAUUGGUAUUUUAAUAGCAGGAAAAUGUGUUUUUCAUCUCACUGGAGGUGAUGAUUUAAAACAGGGGAUUCCUCGUCAGUUUGCACUUGUCUCUUUGGAUCCCGAAUUAGGUUUCAGGCUCACGCGAUACAGCCAAAUUCUUCAGUCCACAAUAUCUGAUUUCUAAAUUGUCAGAUGUGUCAAACCAGAAACGCCGAAAGAGUUGACCAUCUCUUUUGGAUGGAGUUUUGCCUUUCAGUCUUAUUUUGACGUCUUGGACAGCGUGGAUGCAUGUACAGCCUUGGUGAACAUGUUGAAUCGUUUUUAGUCUACAACGGUUGGAUUACCUCUUUUUGAAAUACAUUUAAUGCUAUAUUUUUUUUCAGGGCAUUUAAACUCGGUGUUUUUUAUGUAACCACUGUUGAAAUCAGACACUGAAUUGUUUCUCGUGAUAUUUUCUUAAGGCAAUCGGCUUAAUCCCUGUGUGAAAAAUACCGUGAUAUCUCUCUAUUUAUUUGUGCUUCUUUAAAAGGCAGUUCACAGCUUUUGCACACCAUGACUUUCUUGUCCGGGGCAGCGGUUCUGUUGCUGCGUGGACUCGUCAUCUCUGCGGUAUUGGUCCUAGAGAGUUCAUACACGAGUAAUUUGUCGAACCGAGUCACUCCGAAUCCAGCAGCAGCAGCAGCAGCUGUUCCUCCUACAGACCCAUGUUCGACAGUCAUCCCUCCAUGUGUGAACGAAGCCGACCGCUUCAGUUUAGAGGCACUGCGGCACAUUCACAAGCAGCUAGAUGAUGAUAACGAUGGAGGAAUUGAAGUCAAUGAGAGCGUGGAGUUUAUUAUAGAGGACAUGAAGCAGCACCAGACCAAUAAACACAGCAAUCUUCACAGAGAGGACCAGCACAUCACAGUGGAGGAGCUAUGGAAGGGCUGGAAGAUAUCAGAAGUGCAUAACUGGACAAUGGAGGAUGCAGUCCAGUGGCUAAAAGAGUCAGUGGAGCUUCCUCAGUACGAAAGAAACUUCAGAGAUUUUAAAGUAGACGGCAACACGCUACCUCGAAUAGCAGCCAAUGAACCGUCAUUUAUGUCAAUGCAGCUAAAGAUAUUAGACCAACGACAUAAACAGAAAUUAAAUCUAAAAGCGUUAGACGCAGUCCUUUUUGGGCCUCCACUACGUCCACACCAUAACUGGGUGAAGGACUUUAUUUUGAUGAUUUCCAUCAUCAUUGGAGUUGGGGGAUGCUGGUUUGCAUACAUACAGAACAAAUCGUCUAAAAUUCACAUCUCUCAGAUGAUGAAAGACCUGGAGAGUCUGCAGCAUGCUGAACUGAGCCUGACAGAGCUACAGAGCCGGUUGGAAAAGGCUCAGGAGGAGAACCGGACAGUGGUGGUGGAGAAGCAGAACCUUGAGCAGAAGAUGCGUGAUGAGAUCAAUGGAGCUAAGAAAGAAGCCAGUAGACUGCGAGAGCUGCGAGAGGGGGCUGAAUGUGAACUCAGCAGACUCAAAUACGCAGAGGAGGAACUAGUGCAGGUGCGAAUGGCUCUGAAGAGAGCAGAGAAGGAGAUGCAGUCUGAAUGGUUGGUGCCUGAAGCUCUGCAGACGUGGCUACAGCUCACACAUGAAGUAGAAGUACAGUACUACAACAUCAAAAAACAGCAUGCCGAGCUGCAGCUCUCAGUCGCAAAAGACGAGGCAGAAAAGAUAAAAAAGAAGAGGAACUCUGUGUUUGGCACCCUCCAUGUUGCUCACAGCUCAUCUUUGGAUGAAGUAGACCACAAAAUACUUGAGGCUAAAAAAUCACUGUCAGAGGUCACAGCAUGUUUGCGGGAACGUCUUCACCGCUGGCAGCAGAUAGAGAAGCUGUGUGGCUUUCCAGUGGUUAAUAAUUCUGGGCUGCCCAACCUCACUGCCUCGCUGUAUGCAGACCACAGCUGGGUGGUCAUGCCGCGGAUGUCUGUGCCACCCUAUCCGAUCACUGGAGGGGUGGACGAUCUUGACGAGGAUACGCCACCUAUCAUUCCACAGUUCACCUCUACAUUGAUUCGACCUCCUCUGACCCGCAACAGCAGUGUUUGUCGUUCUCGCAGAAGUCUUCUGUCUCAGCCCUCAUCCCUCUCAGCUGACCCUGACCUUUUAUCCAUGGCCUCCGCCCCCUUGGCCUACAGACCUGAAGGAGACGAUGAACACAUCAUCUUCAAUGUUGAAAGGAAGGGGGAAACUCAGGACACUUGCUCAGACUCGGACUCUCUCAGUUCCUCUUUGGGCAGAAAGCAGUUCUCCACUUCCUGUGUUCAAAGUACCGGUGUUACAGGCACGGACACCCCGCCACGCAAAAUCUCUCACGAGGAACUUUUUCUCUUCACGCAAGAGGCCCAGGCUGUCGCUCUGGAGAGCUUGCCAUUUUCCACAUCCUCCCCUUCAUCUCCUCUUGACUCCUCCUCAGUUCAUAAGGGCUCUCCUGACCUCACUCGCUCCUCCGUCCUCCCAGAGUCCCAGAGUUUGACCUUUCACCCUGGCACCAAAUCUGUGGCCUACAAUGGCAUCCUGGAAAAGUCAUACAGCUUGGGGCAGCUGCCAGCUGUUGGGACGCCUCCAGAGGGGCAGUAUCCCUCGAUUAGCUCACUCAACACAGAAGGCAAAGCUAUCAAGGAGCCCAAGCAACUCCAAUCCACCUCCUCCCCGGACUCCUGCGAUAAUGGGGAGAAAAAACGCUCCAAGAUCAAGAGCUUGUUUAAGAAAAGCAAAAAGCUGUGAGGAACAGUAGAGGAUGAAAUGGAGGGAAAAGUAGCCUUAAAACAAAACUAAGAAAAAAAUGAGGGUGAUGCUGUCAACCAGAAGCCAAAGCAUUUUUUAGUUUCUCAAUUGUUUUUUUUUUAUUUAAAUGGAAUGUAGCUCCAUCUAGGUACAAUCCUGGGUUGGAAAGCUUAUUAUGGUGAUUUUUUUUUAACCAUCACACGUAUGCCUUUAAAGGCCAGAAAAUUUUAUUGCAGGUUUUUGCAGAACAUGAGUCAUGACCAAUUUGCUGUUUUUAUUUGGAUGAAUUCUCUGUUUUCAUAAAGUGCACCUUUAUGAUGUCAUCAGGAAGUAGGGGAGACCAGGGCUAGUUGUCACAGUUUUUACUCCAGUGAAUAUUUUUCAGGGUAUUUUUUAAAGUUAAUUUCUGGAUAGGCAUAUACCUUAAUGUCUUAGCUACAUAAAAGCUUUUAUACAUUUGUACAGUUAUUUCCAAGGAAAAAAGAUACAGUUUGUUGAAUGAACGCUGACCUUUUGUGACCCCCGAUGCUGUGCAUGGUGUCACUUUUUAUGGGUUAAGUUGUCAGAAUGAAAAAAGGCUUUUCAGCAAAAUUUAAGCUGCAAAACAAUUAUGAAACACAAAACAUAUAAUGAAACAACAAAAAUGAAAAAGAUAACAUACAAAAACAUUAAACCAUUGUUUUAGCCAACAAAUAUUAUUUUAAUAAAUUGUAUACAGUUAUAACAUUUAAACAUGUGACAACUUACCCCAAACUAACAUUUAUGAAAAAUACCUUUGUCCUGAGAAUACAGUUCAAUCUUCAAAUCUACCUUCGUUAUGUAGUUUACCCUUGCCUGGAUGUAUGAUGGUGUAUUUUUUUUAACCAACAGCUAUGGCAAUAAUAUGAUGAUAGUGGAAUUUUAGUUUGGAGGAUAGAAAUCACACACACACACACACACACACACACACACACACACACACACACACACCCGGAAUAGUUUUAAUUGAAAUGUAUUUUAAACUAGGUGUUUUAAACAAACUAAUUUUAAUAAUGACAACUUCUCUGUGUGACAACUAGCCCCGGUCUCCACUGUAGCAAACCAGGUAAUAAUAAAUAGCACAGUGCUAUCCAAAUCUCCAAAUUCCUAAUAAAAAGUAGGCUUCCUGGAAAUUUGUCCUAACUUGUAACAAUAACAAUGAUGUCACAAUAGUUUAAAUGGCAGCUGGAUUUUUUUUUUAGAUAUCUCUAAUUUUGAUAUCAUCACAAGUGUAGUGUUUAAUAUGUGAUUAGAGAUCCACAUUGAGGCUGCCCUUUGGUUUGAAAACCAUUAAAAUCCCUUCCUUUAAAAGGCCCCGGGUUAAAUGUGAGCUUUCAGCUUGAUGUCACUUUCUGUUUACUGUCACAGAACUCCUGUUCUUGACAAAUAUCCUAUAAAUAAUGGUAAACUUAAAGCAGCAUGUCAGAACACCUACAUUGUGAAAUGAUGAUCUCAAGUCAAUGCAUUGCUAGUAAAUUAAUACAAAAUUAUUCUUCAUUCUUAAAACACCCACAGGUGUACAGUUUAUCCCCCCCCCCCCCCCGUUUCUGUUCUGUUAUCAUUUACUCUGUCUGACUUUCUUCUGUGGAACACAAAAGGACUUGUUGGGCAGAAUGUUGGCUUCAGUCACAAUUUACUUUCAUUGUUUGGGGAAAAAAAUGCACUGAAAGUCAGUGAGGCUAAUACUCACUCGCCUAACAUCUCCUUUUGUGUUCCAAUGAAGAAGUCAUAUUGUUUUGGAACAACAUGAGGGUGAGUAAAUGAUGACAUAAUUGUUUUUUAUUUAAAUGUUUUUGUAGACAAUGCCUUUAAGUACUAAGUACUUUCAUUA